AAUGUACGUAAAAAAUAAAAAUUCGCGCUAGUUACUUGUUAAAAUAAUUGUGUUUGCUUAAUUUAAAAUAACUAUUGAUGGAUAGAAUGAUUACUUGUCGUUUGAAUAAAGCUUGAAAAGAAUAAAAAAAAAUGAACGAAGACAGUUCCGAUGCCCAUCAGGCAUCAUGUGAUUUUGAUUUAACAAGUUUCAUGUUCGGGAACAUAGAUGAAAGCGGUCAACUUGAAAAUGAUGAUAUACUGGAUAAUGACACGAAAAAGUACUUAGCGUCGCUGUCCAAAUUAGGUUUUAGCUCAGUGAUGUCGGAUGUGAUUAGCUCUUCCGAACUGAAAGGUGUUGAAAAUGGUCACGAUGACACAAAUAACCUUACAGAUAAAUCACCAACCGCUCAAGAUUUUUUUGAUAUAGACGAACUAGCUGAAGACACUACUAGUUCUAAACCGCAGGAUUCUGAAAGUGGUUAUGAUGGUGACAAUGAGUUAAAUGAUAAAAAGUUUGACAAAUCUAAACGUCUAGAAACACCAUUGGCUGCUAUGUUACCUUCAAAAUAUGAAAAUGUCGAUGUAACAACGUUAUUUCCUGAUUUUAGAGUUGGCAAAGUGCUAAGAUUUUCAAGAUUAUUUAAGCCUAACAAAUCAAGUCGAUUACCUAAAGUUUGGCGAAAUGUUAAAGUUAAACGUAAAAAAAGAAGACAUAGUGAUGCAGUCGAUUACAAUUCUUCUGAUACUGAUUCCAAAAAUCAAAUUAUGUGUCUUGAAUUUGGUUCAUUGCCUGAACUUGAACUUAUUGCUUGUGAUGAUGAGGAAAAAUUUUUACAACCUAUUGAAAAUUUAUCUAAACAAACCAAUCAAAAUAAACUAGAAAAUGAUGAUGGCUCAAAUAAUCAAGCAUACUGGAGAGGUGGACCAGCAAAAUUGUGGUAUGAUAUGUUAGGAGUUCCUGAAAAUGGAGAAGAAUUUGAUUACGGGUUUAAACUUAAAGAUAAUAAAAACAAAGAUGAUGAAAUUAAUACAAGCGAUAAUCCAUACCCAGAGGAUGCUUAUUUAAUGGUUAGUCAAUUACAUUGGGAAGAUGAUAUAAUAUGGAAUGGAGAAGAUAUAAAACAUAAAGUUCUUCAAAAAUUAAAUAGCAAGACAAAUGCUGCUGGAUGGGUACCAAGUAGUACAAACCGUACUGCUCAAGCUUUCAGUCAGCCAGGAAAAGGAAUGCUUCCACUUGCUGGAGGAUCUGUUCGAUUAGCUACGUCAAACAUAAAUGUAUCACAAUCACAAAACAAAAUGGCUCCAAAAUCAAAUAUGAAUUCUAAGCAGCAGCCGAUAAAUGAUACUACAGAUGAUACCUGGUAUUCUAUAUUCCCAGUAGAAAAUGAAGAAUUAGUAUAUGGCACUUGGGAAGAUGAAAUUAUUUGGGAUGCUCAAAAUAUGGAAAAAAUACCUCGUCCAAAAAUAUUGACGUUAGAUCCUAAUGAUGAAAAUAUCAUAUUAGGUGUUCCUGAUGAUGUUGACCCAGCAAAACAAAGACUGGAUAAUGCCACACCAGUAAAAGUAAAAAUACCACAUCCUCAUGUUAAAAAAUCCAAAUUAUUGCUAGGCAAAGCUGGAGUAAUUAAUGUACUAGAAGAAGAUACUCCAUUGCCUCCACCAAAGUCUCCAGAUAGAGAUCCAUUUAAUGUUUCUAAUGACUGUUAUUAUCAACCACGGUCAUCUGAAACAUCAUUACGCCUAAAAGUUGGUGGUGGUAAUAUAAUACAGCAUUCAACACCUGUUGUUGAGUUGAAAGCUCCUUUUGUGCAAACGCAUAUGGGACAAAUGCGUUUAAGAAAUUUCCAUCGUCCUCCAAUGAAACGGUACUCACAUGGCAAUGUAACUCGCCCUGUAUUUCAUCCUAUUGAACCUCUUUUGAAAAAUAUAAAAAUGAAAGCAAAGCUCAGAGAACAAGAACGAAUAGCUUCUGGUGGUGGUGAUGUGUUUUUCAUGAGAACACCUGAUGAUUUGACUGGCCGAGACGGUUCUAUUAUUCUUGUUGAAUAUUGUGAAGAACAUCCUCCCUUAUUAAAUCAAGUGGGAAUGUGUUCAAAAAUUAAAAAUUAUUAUAAACGUAAAAUUGGAAAAGACCCUGGUCCACCAAUUCUACGGUUUGGAGAACUUGCUUAUGCUCAUACUUCACCAUUUUUGGGUGUACUAUCUCCUGGUAGGACAAUUCAAGUUAUUGAAAAUAAUCUAUAUCGAGCACCAAUAUAUGAACACAAACCUUUGGAAAAUGAUUUCUUACUUAUAAGAACAAGGCAUGCUUAUUACAUUCGAGAAAUAGAUGCUUUAUUUACAUCUGGACAACUUUGCCCAUUAUAUGAAGUGCCUGGUCCAAACUCUAAACGAGCUAAUAACUUUGUGAGAGACUUCUUACAGGUUUUCAUUUAUCGUUUGUUUUGGAAAAGUACUGAUUAUCCCAGGCGUAUAAAAAUGGAUGACAUUAAAAGAGCAUUUCCAUCACAUUCUGAAAGUAGUAUUCGUAAACGUCUUAAGCUAUGUGCAGAUUUUAAAAGAACUGGAUCGGAUUCAAAUUGGUGGGUUAUUAAACCUGAUUUCCGUUUACCAUCUGAAGAAGAAAUACGUGCAAUGGUAUCACCAGAACAAUGCUGUGCUUAUUUUAGCAUGAUAGCAGCUGAACAAAGACUUAAAGAUGCUGGUUAUGGGGAGAAAUUUAUAUUGACCAGUAUAGAAGAUGAUGAUGAAGAAAUGCAAUUAAAAAUGGAUGACGAAAUUAAAGUUGCUCCAUGGAAUACAACACGAGCAUAUAUUCAAGCAAUGAAAAAUAAGUGUUUACUUCAACUCACUGGUCCUGCAGAUCCUACUGGUUGUGGAGAAGGAUUUUCAUAUGUACGAGUGCCUAAUAAACCAACUUUAAAUAAAGAAGAACAAGAAGCUCAACCAAAGCGUAUGGUGACUGGAACAGAUGCGGAUUUAAGAAGAUUAUCAUUAAAUAAUGCAAAAGCUCUGUUAAGAAAGUUUGCAGUACCUGAAGAAGAAAUAAAAAAAUUGUCACGAUGGGAAGUUAUUGAUGUAGUUCGUACUUUAUCUACAGAAAAAGCUAAAGCGGGUGAAGAAGGAAUGACAAAAUUUUCUAGAGGAAAUCGUUUUUCGAUUGCUGAACAUCAAGAAAGAUAUAAAGAAGAAUGUCAACGGAUAUUUGAUCUACAAAAUAAAGUACUUUCAUCUCAUGAAUUGUUGUCCACUGAUGAAGGCGAAAGUUUUGAUGAAGAAGAUUGUUCUGACAUUGAAGAAAUGGGAAAAAACAUUGAAAACAUGUUAUCUAAUAAAAAAACCAGCACACAGUUAUCACUGGAAAAAGAAGAACAAGAACGUCAUGAACUUCGUAAAAUGAUUAUGGGGGAACAUAAUGAAGACAUGCGAAAGAGAGAUAAAAAAAAAAUAGACGAUGAUGAUAGUAUGCAAUUUUCAUCAACCGGACAACCAGGCCGUGUACUUAGAAUUUAUAGAACAUUUCAAGGAGUUGAUGGUAAAGAGUUCACCAGAACAGAAGUUGUACGUAAACCCGGUGUAAUUGAUGCGUAUGUGAAAAUUAGAACAACAAGAGAUGAAGGUUUUAUUAGACAGUACGCGCUUAUGGAUGAAGCACAAAAAGAAGAAAUGAAACGUGAAAAACGAAGAAUACAAGAACAAUUACGACGUAUCAAAAGAAAUCAAGAACGUGAACGUUUUUCUAAUACUUCCAGGCCUCAACCAGGUUUUGGUUAUUCAAUGGUCAACAAAAGCAAUUCCCUAAGUAAUGAUGUACCAAUGCCUACAUCAGGCACAGUAACAAUACCUAAGCCACGUAUUGAAGUCACGCCACCAAGACCACGUAAACCAAAACCCAGUAAAAUGAAACCAGACCUAAAAGUCAGAUGUGGGGCAUGUGGUAAUGUUGGUCACAUGAGAACGAACAAAGCUUGUCCUCAGUAUAAUCUAAAUCCUAAUGCAUCAGUUAAUGUUGCCCUUACUGAAGAGCAAGAAGAAGAAAUUGAAAAACAAAUGAAUGUUGAAGAUGAAGAUUUAGUUAAUGUGGAUGGAACAAAAGUCACACUAUCCAGUAAACUCCUGAAGCAUGCAGAAGAAGUUAAAAGAAGAUCUCUGGUCUUAAAAGUACCUAAAGAUGCAUUAUCACGUAAAAAACGUAAAAAUGAACUCCACUGUGAUUAUUUAAAGAAACCUGACCGUUCUGCCAAUAGACGUCGUACUGAUCCAUUAAUUGUUUUGUCAACUAUUUUUGAAUCUAUAUUAAAUGAAAUGCGUGGUAUGCCUGAUGUGCACCCAUUUAUUUAUCCAGUCAAUGUUAAGAAAGUUCCCGAUUAUUACAACAUCGUACAGAGACCAAUGGAUUUACAAACAAUUAGAGAUGGACUACAUUUAAAGAAAUAUCAGAACCGUGAAGAAUUUUUAUCUGAUGUCAAUCAAAUUGUUGAAAAUUCAACAUUAUAUAACGGUGCCAAAAGUUCUCUUACUGUUGCUGCUCGUAGAAUGUUAGGUGUUUGUGUGGAUCGCUUACACGAAAAAGAAGAACGACUCAUGUUGUUAGAAAAAGCAAUUAAUCCAUUGUUGGAUGAUAAUGACCAAGUAGCCUUAACAUUUAUCUUGGAUAAUGUUGUUGGCAAAGUAAAGAUCAUGAGUGAAGCAUGGCCAUUUAUGAAACCAGUCAAUCGAAAAUUAGUGAAAGACUAUUAUAAUGUUAUUAAAUAUCCAAUUGAUUUAGAAACCAUAGCUUCACGUGUUUCAAGUCAUAAAUAUCACAACCGUAAAGAAUUUUUGGCAGAUAUUAAUUUAAUUUUAGAAAAUAGCAUUGCAUAUAAUGGUGAAGAUUCAGACUUUACGCAACAAGCAAGAAAAUUAGUAAGCGUGGCUACAGAAUCAUUGGAAGAGUUUGAUCAAUAUCUGACACAAGUGGAACAAAAUAUCAGUUUAGUUCAGGCUCGAGCUCUAGAACAGGUUGACAUUGAUUCAGCUGCAGAUGAUGAUUAUGGAGAUAUGCAAGAAGACAUGGAAGAUAACUUAAAUUCACCUAGGGAACAUAAAGUGAACAUUGAAGACAUAGAAUUCCAAAUGGAUCCUGACAGUAGCAAUUUCAAAACUGAAACUAAUCAUAUUUUAGAAGAUGAUUUACAUUGUUCGAGUGAAGAAGAUGAUUUCAUGGAAGUUGUUGGAGAAAACCCACCAGACGAUGACAGUCAACAAGUUGCAGAAGCCAUGGUCUUGCUUGGUAACAUGGGAUACAAUCCUGCUCCUGAAACUUUCUCCAACCAAAUCCAAGCUGAAGAAAGUAUGGAUCUCGACCCGAAUUAUGACCCAUCAGAUUUCUUACCAACUGGAAGUCAUAAUGUGGAUACAAGUGAUGAUAAAGAUCUCCCAGGACCGAGUAAUCAAAAUCACACCAGUGCUAAUAUCCAAGAUGAUUUGGAAAUCAGUGAUUCCGAUGAGGAAAUAGCCAAAGACAGCCCUCACAAUGACAGCUUAGAUAUAAAAAAUGAAGGUGAUUUAGGAGAGCUGUGGUUUUAAGUAGUCACCAUUGUUAGUUGUUUUUUAAUAUCUUUGUAUUUAUUUAGUUGAAUUUAUUUGUAAAUUUUAUAUAUUUUCUUAAACAUAUGUGGGUUUUUUCUUUACCAAAUUUUGUACAGUUAAAAUUAAAAUAAACGUACUGUUAAUUCUUA